AUGUCACUCCAAACGCCGCGCGUCGUCUUCCAGCCGCCGGGCGGCUGGCCAGUGCGAGGCGGCGGCGGUCGCUCCGUCGGCGCGUGCCGCACUAGUGGUGGCAACCACGGCUCAUACGACGAGUUCUGGUCGCUCACGGCGAAAGCGUGCCGCCAGAAGUGCGCUGCGCUUCCGGAGACGGAAUGUGUCGGCUACGAGCACUCGACGCUGCUGCACGGGUACUUCAAGCUCGACGGCGUCUCGCUCGUGCGUGCGGACUUGCGCGGCGCGGACCUGACCGAGGCGACGCUGCACCGCGCCAACGCGAGCCACGCCAUCUUUGACGGCGCCGUCCUCGAGCGGGUGGUGUUCGACGGGACCGACCUCAACGCAGCUUCCUUUGCGCGCGCAGAGCUGUCGAGCGCGAGCUUCAUCGGGGCCAGCCUCGCCGGCGCAUCUUUUCUCGGCGCGCGUCUCACGGACUCCUCAAUCAGCAAAGUCGAGCGCGCGGAGGACACUGUGUGGGAUGGAGCGCGCAUGGCCUUCGCCACGCUCAGCGAGUGCUGGUUCCUUCGCUCCUCCUUCAGCCGCGCCGACCUCAGCGGCGCGAGCAUCUCUGGCGUCCACUUUGAUGGAAGCUCGCUCCGCCUCGCGACAUUGGACGACGCGGUGGUCGUCGACACGUCUUUCCGCCGCGCGACGCUGGUCGGUGCGAGCCUCGACGGAAUGCGCUCGCAGCAGCUCCACGCGGCGUUUGCAGACCUGCGCAACGCCUCGCUACGCGGCGCGGAGCUGCGCAACGCCGUGCUGACAGACGCGAUGGUCUCGGGCGCAGACUUUGGCGGGGCACGCCUGUGGGGGGCGGACCUCAGCGGGGCGAACCUGACGGGCGCCUCCUUCGCGGCCGCCGACCUCACCGGCGCGAGCUUCGUGGGCGCGCUCUGCGCGCGCACCGAUUUCGCAAAAGCCAAGGGGGUGGCCUCGGCGCGGGUGGAGGGUGCGGGACACACGCCGUUCUGA